UUGUAUGAAAAAGCCUCCUACCGUUGCAGCAGACAUCCCUGCAGACGAAGCAGAAGCCGUGGAAUUCGUCGCACCUACACACGUCGUACUGAUUGUCCGGCAAGGUUCCACGUUCGCCGGUACCAUGACUGCUUGAGGGUUACUUCCUACUACCUGGAGCACAACCAUCCACGCAGCAAGUUUAUUUUUGACAGGCUCCCCAUCAACCGGCGACUGACAAAUGAUGAAUUAAAGGAGUGUUCUACCCUUUUGAAAUACGGUGCUCCGUCAUCGGAGAUUCGGCAGUACGUCGCCGACCACUUUGGAAAGGUACUCACUAUCAAGGAUGUGCGUAACUAUCGCGUCAAGUGUCGACCCCCCUUGUUAAAUGACAUGUCGUCCAUCAUAGCCAAGUUUCGAGAGUGCGGUCGCGUGCUGCUGGUGGAAUCGGAGGGUGGCAGAUAUAGUCACCUGUGCUUUUCUCGAACGCAGCAGAUAGCACUCUUUAGACGUUUCCCGGACGUUGUAAACGUUGAUGCUACACACGGUACUAACCGUCUUGGUUACAAGCUUUAUACAUUCCUUGUGACAGAUGGCAUGGGGAUCGGUCGACCCGUAAUGUAUGCCUUUGUCGAAAGCGAGCAUUUUGCGCCAUUGCGCAAGCUGUUCAGCUUGUUCAAGGAUAUGAUGGGUGGACAAUAUGCAGUCAAAACGUUCGUCAUGGACAAAAUGACUUCACAGAUGCGGGCUGCCAAAGCUGUAUUUGGCUGCGACGUAAUGCUGUGCUAUUUUCACGCACGGCAAGCCAUCCGGAAGCACACAAUUUCCAACCACAGUCGACACAUAUUCCACCGCAUGGCUCGCUUUGAUAAUGCAGCUGAAUUUCGCCACGAUUUGCAAAUCUUGAGGCGAACAGAUCCCAGUUUUGUCUCUUAUUUGACUGCCCACUGGCUCCACAUCACUCGAAAGUGGGCCAUUCAUGCACAACGUGGGUUGGUACAUUUUGGGAAUGUGACCAACAACCGCCUGGAGAACGCCAACGGGCGUUUGAAGAGGCGCGUGCAUCACUCAGAUAGCCUAGAGCAUGCCGUUCUGAAGGUCGCUCAUCACAGCGAAUGGCUAAUGCGGGAAUAUGAAAUGCACACCACUUAUUGUUGUGACCGUCGAGAAAUUCGGGAGGGAGACAUCUACGUUCUACGUGUGGUUUCCCGGAUGACGACAUACGCCGCUAAUCAGGUUCUCAGGCACAUUGGAAUAUGCACGCCAAAUCUGCUAUACAAGCAGACAGAUCGCUUCAAGACAGUAAACACCUCGGCCGGAACCUGCACGUGCAUAUUUUACCAAUCAAUGUGGCUGCCUUGUGUACACCUAUUUUCAGUAUUCAGAGGCCACUCGUUCCCAUGCGGUCAAUUUCCAAUCCAUCAAAGGUGGCUUGCUGAAUAUAACUUACCGGAGGAAGGAGUACCUUUAUCUCUGGUUCCAAAGCCAGAUCCAUCACCAAUAGAGCAUUUGCACAAGCAGCUUGAUCGGUUGGUUGGCAAACUGAAGCUGCUGGAUCCGCGUAAGGCUGCUGGGUGCAUGAAGCGUCUGAUUGUCCAAAGCCAGCUGAUGUUGCGUCAAAAUGCAAUUAGUGCACAGGACAACCAGCCUCUGGUGUUAGAUGGCAACCGCAAACAACCACGGUGGCGUUCGACGUCAAACGACGCUGUUCCCUGUGGUCUCUGUGGCCAGCCAACUGACCCUGCUGAUUGGUGGUGUCAACGUGAUCGACUUCCAUAUCACCGUUAUUGCUGCGGCAAUGAGCCCUGCCCGCUGUGUGGAGAAAAUCUUCAGGCGCGUCCACCAAUUGCCGAUCAGUCUACCUACCGUUCAGCUAAAAGAGCUUGCUUUGAUGUUGAUCUUGAUCGGUCCAUGGAGGACAAGCCGAGUGUGCCCCGUAAGACAGUCGCAAUCAAACUGUUUUGUCCAAUUUCGGAGUUGAUGGAGACCGGGACAGGGACAUUGGGUUGCUCCUUUUCCUGUCCCCCCAAUAUACGGAAAUUCCGCGUAUUGAAGCACAGUGUGAGGGCUUUCUUCCGUCUAAAUGCACUCCGUUCUCUUUUUAGCACAAUGAGCAUUGGUGACAAAUUCCUAAACGAGCUUUUGGAUACACAGCUGAUUUCUGAGGACCGAUAUAGGGGAGAGCGAGUUUUUAUCCCGAAUCCUCGGACCAUCUACGGUGGUGAACUGAUGGCACAGGCGUUAGUGGCAGCGUCAAAAACCGCUCCUGAAGGUUUCAAAGCGCAUAGUUUACAUUGUUACUUUCACAGCCAGUGUUUGUCCUCCUGCUUUCUGUUUGCAGCCAGCGUCAAGCAUCCAAAUGAGUACAGAGUGAGGAGAUUUCGUGACAGCCGAUCAUUUAGUCACCGCCUUGUUGAGGCAUUUCCGCUCACGGAAGAGAUCAAUGGCGACGAUUCCCGACCGUUUUUCCGUAUGGAUUGCUCGUUCAAGUCACCGGAGGAGGACCCCGCCUGUUUCGUGCCUCCAAUGCCUAAUGUACCGACAGCUGAAGAGGUUGUUGACACGCAGACAUUUAUUUCAAGACUGAACUUGAAUGAACUUCCGGAGGUUUCCAAAAUUAGAAUUCAUCAUUAUCAUGAAUUCACCAAACUGUCACCAAUGGAGAUCAGACUUUGCGAACCAGAGUACAUUUUCGGUCUGAAAUCUAACAAAGUUGGUCGUCUACAUGCCUGGAUUCGACUGAAGGAACCUCCAACCAUCCCACUGGAACCAUAUCGAGAUGCCACACUCACAUAUUUUUCGGACUGUGUGCUAAUCUGGGGCGCGAUCACUGAGCCACACCCAGUGAGCUAUCUGGUCACGUUGAAUCAAAGCAUCUGGUUUCAUAACCCCUCAGUUUGUCCUCAAGCAGAUCACUGGGUGCUAUUCCAGACACGGGCUAAUUAUGUGGGUGAUGCAUUGACUUUGUCCUAUGGGGGUAUCUGGGACGAUCAAGGCCGUCUCCUCGCCAGUCUUGCGCAACAAGGUCUAAUGCGAACCCAGCCAAUGACUCCUGUUUCUUCUUCGAAUAGAUUAGUCGAAGAAGGUAUGGAAAACGGCAAGUGAACAAUGCGAUCCGGAUCAAAUAUCUGCCACCGGGAUCCAUCCACCUUCGGUCACAUGAAACGUAACUAAUAUAUAAUCCUGUUAUAUCCACCUUUCUCCACAUCCUGAUAUGUUUUCGCAUUCCUUCGAAACUCAUCUUCAUGUCAUCGCGUUUUUCGUUGGAUGCACCAGUUCGGUUUUGAAGCAUCCUUAGGAUGAUUUCUGUGAUACAAUUUAUGGCACAC